GUGAUCUUCUGUCUUGAAGUUUUACAUUCGUGAACCACCAUGAGAUGUUUGCUGCAUUUAGGAGGAUAUGCUCCUACUAAUUGAAAACCUGAAGAUCCAACUAUAAGUGUUUGAUCAAUGCUUGUCUGGAACUGGAUUAUGUAAUGUUUGAAAGAUUCAAAAAACAAAAUGACAGUUAAGUGCUAUGUUACUCGGGCUCAGCUGCCAAGUCUUGCCGACAUGCCUACUCUGGUGCAAAAUGAAGAGUCAGACACCGGUGUGGCAAGGAAAAGUGAAGAGUUUGAGUAACAUAGGUUAAAUGUGAAUAUAUAUUGGUGGGAUUCUUGGAUUUGAAGUUAUAGUUCUGAAUAUUGAGCAAGAGUGGAGCUCAAACUAUAGAAAGAAGUAGAAGCAAGCAGGUAGGGAUGCACUGUUUUAGGCAAUGGGCUAGUCCAGUUUAGUUUUGUCCAUAUCUACCCGGUUGGUGUAAUUCUUACAAGAGAUUUGGUGUGUUCUUCACUAAGCUGAUAUACACAGAAAAUCCAGUAUUAGAUUAAAGUCGUACAAGUUUACACUGACCUUGUAAAAAUUUACGCCAGCCGGACUAAACCAGACAGAACUCAAGUCAACCUGCCUCCGUCUUGCAUUGUUACAUAGAAAGAACAAGGAAUCGCUGUUUGGAACAAUAAGGCAUCAAGAUUGAAUUUACCUAAACUUGAAAUGACAGUCAGCAGAGCUAGGCUAAAAGUAACUUUGGGUGGUAGAUUUACUUCAAAACACUUGAUAAGAGAAAUGGUGGCAAAUUUAGCGAAACCUCGACUCAAAUAGCUUUCUCUUUAUUCCUUUUGACUGUUAAAAUAUGAAGUAAUGUUAAACCAUUCUUGUAUUCUUUCUUCCUCUGUUCUUCCCUCAUUUUCUCAUUUUCUUCUUUGAAACAGUUGUAAUGUCUGGAAUGCAAUAUCACGAGACACAAAUUGUUUGCAGUAUUUCUAUUUGAGGAUACUUUGGCUGUUGAACUAAUGCAAUGAACUCUAUGAAUUCCUUGUCUCUUAGAUGCCAAUGAUCAAUCAACAAUACAAACUCCUUGCCUUGAACAAUUUUACUGAGGUCUAAGCAUAUCAUUGAUGUCCAUCGGAGACAGGAAUUAUAACAUACAACGGCCUUGAGAGCUGCAUUCUGAGCAGUCAAUCGUAUAACAAUGCAACCAGACAAGAUGGUUGUGCAACUGAUUCAGGUGAUGAAGACGCCUCCAGCUGCUGUUCCAAUCAUGUUGCUACAGGACCGUUCUCUUCUCACCGUACAAUGAUGAGGAUGGAUGAUUGUGGACCAGAUGAAUCGGAGUUCUCAGGAAGUCCUCAACAUUUCUACCAGCGAGAAGAACCAGGUUACAUAACUAAUUCGACAGACCUGGAGACAAUGAAAGAAAAGUUUGCUAAGUUGCUGUUGGGAGAAGAUGUUACAGGAGGAAAUAAAGGGGUUUCCAGCGCAUUGGCCUUGUCCAAUUCCAUUACAAAUCUAGCAGUAUCUGUUUUUGGUGAGCUGUGGAAAUUAGAGCCACUGCCAGAAGAAAGGAAGCGCAAAUGGCGGAAAGAGAUGAAUUGGUUACUUUCUCCCACCAACUACAUGGUUGAGUUGGUCCCUGCGAAAAAAAGUGGCACUAACGGCCAAAUAAUGGAGAUAAUGACUGCAAAAGCUCGUUCAGAUAUCCACAUGAAUCUUCCAGCACUUGAGAAAUUGGACUCCAUGCUUAUUGAAAUACUGGAUUCCAUGGUUGAUACUGAGUUCUGGUAUGUGGAAGUGGGCAGCAGAGCAGAAGGAAGAAGCAGGAGUGCAGGUGAGAGCAAAAGGUGGUGGCUUCCUUCACCUCGUGUACCUGCAACUGGUCUCUCCGAUGCUGAAAGGAAGAAACUGCUAAAUCAGGCUAAACGAGUCCAUCAAGUGUUGAAGGCUGCCAAAUCUACAAAUGAAAGUGUUUUGCUUGAAAUGCCUGUUCCAGAUAUCGUUAAGGAUGCACUCAACAAGACAAUGCAGUCUGGAAAAGGUCUUGGAGAGGAACUGUACAAAGUCUUGGCUGCAGAAAUUAUUCCUGCUGGGGUCAUGAUCAAUUCCCUAUACUUGGAAUCUGAUCACAGUGCCCUUCAAGCUAUUAACAAGUUGGAAGCAGCCAUGUUUGCUUGGAAGGAGAUAAUCAAGGGACAAUCCAGUGAAGAAUCUCCAGCUAGAAGCUCCUGGUCUUUUGGAAAAGAUCCAGUAUCUGAAAUGGAUAAGGUGGAGUUUUUGCUGAACAGGGCUGAACUCCUCCGACAGCAGCUGAAGGCCAGAUACCCAAAUCUUCCUCAGACAUUCCUUGAUGCCAUUAAGGUCCAAUAUGGAACGGAUGUGGGGCAUUCAAUUUUGGAAGCAUAUUCCAGGGUCCUAGGGAACCUGGCUUUCUCCAUACUUUCUAGGAUAGGAGAUAUUCUGGAAGAGGAUCACCUGAGCAAUCCAAGUUCACCUGUGGCAGCUAGUUACUUCCCUGGAAUAAGAAUUCCGGGAAUAUCAGAUAGCCCAUUGCAAUGCCGAAUUAGGCAUUCACUUCUCGACCAGAUGAAUCGAGUCGAUGGAAAUGCUCAUCGCUGCAGUGGAAGUGAAGCUUCUUAUUCUGAAAGCCCAUUCGGUGAUUCCAGUAUAAGUUCGAUUACUGUUACACCAAGUCGUAGCAGAGUCUGGUGUGUUGGUGGAGAUUCUUGUGGUACCCUGUCUGCUACGAGCUCGCCAUGAUGGAGAAUUGUGCAUAGUUAUGAUGGUUGUUUUUGUAGAUAAAUUGCCAUCUUCACAGGAAAGAAAGAGAUUUUGUUUUGCUGACCUCUUGCAGUGAGCCUACUCGCUCAUGGUCACACAGAAUGUCCCCUGUCUAGUUAGUUACAUGUAGACUGGCAGCAUUUGAAACUGAAAGACAAAAUUUACAAAUUUUUAUGUAAUUAAUUCUUAUUUAUCUUUAGAUUAUAUCAAUGGCCAGGGAAAUACUGAUUAUCCAUAGAGAUGA